GAAUAUAAGGAGGAGGAAGAGAACUAUGAGCAGAGCACAUCUCGUCAGUCUGCCUCAGACAGGGGGAGCCACGUUGAGUGGCAGCUGUAUGAAGGAGAGAGAUGGCUUAGUAUUGGCAAUGACCAUGUGAUCGAGACCCACUACUGCCAGCCUGGGGCCAAAGGAAUGAACAUCUACCCAUCACACAUGGGGCAGGUCUAUAUAGAUUUUGAUCAGAUUGAGGCUCAAAAUGCUGCCAUGAGUGUACGGCGACUCACGUUCCUACCUCAGGCUCAAAGUGAAGACAUCGGGUGGUAUUUCAAAGACGAUCUAAUAUGGCGUGAAUACGGUUCUUUGGGUCCAGGUCAGGGCUCGUCCUCAGUCAGUAGUGGUGAUGUGGAACGACAGUACAUCCUCAGACCUCAGGGGACCGUCCACUUCACUGUGGGGAGCAUCAGCUACACCUUAGACUUCACAGGUAGACUCCACACAGGGCCAUAUUCAUUAAAUAAUAAUAAAAAUAAUAAAUCCCAUUUAGCAGACGCUUUU